UACCUGGCAGCCAAGCAAUACCAUACGAGACGGUUCAUCAUUCUCAACUCUUUAGUUCUUCAUUUCGAUCAUAUCCUGCUCGAUUACCGGUUUUUCUGAAACCGAAAAGCGAGGUCGCUACCGAACCCCUGAUUGCGGAAUCUUAUGCAGGUACUCGCGAGCUUGACUCUUGUAAUGUCAUCACUUGACGAAGCCUCCAAUUAGUCUCCAUUGAACGAAUUGGGUAAUUAACCGGACAACUGCUCCAAGCGAGGAUCUUUUCAUGCUCUAUCCACGACUCAUACGGAUACCAGACAAGGGUCUCUGUACACCGACGGCUUUGCUGGGGUUCAAUGCAUGCCGCGUCGGCUUGAGGCUCAGCAUCACGCGGGCAGUUAACACAGCAUUUGCAAAAGGCCCAGUCAAGUUCUGCUUAGUUGUUGCUGUUUAUUUCCGGAUUUAUGUGUGGCCUGAGCUGAAACAUAGGAUUCUCCCCUCGGUACAUACUGCCUUGCAUAAGCUAAGGCGCAGCUGAAGGAUGGAAGCCAUUUCAUAUACGUGCUGCACCUAUUUUUGAAAGCACCAGAGCCUACCAGUGUUCAAUUCAGACAUAACGCAACUUGAAGCUUGAAAACGGCUGCAGCCCAGACUGAGUACAUUGCAGUGCAGUAAAGCACAGCGCAGUAAAUGGUGUCCGGCUAGCGGUUGCGGUUGGUUGCGGCCAUGAUUGACAUCAAUCGAGUGUCAGAAACAAACCUGACUGCCCGGAUAUGCCUCCACUGUUCCAACAUACGAAUCGCCAAGCCCCGGACUAAGGGCGGGCAGUCCGGGGUGAAGAGGUGUGCACAUAUAAGUCAUUGUCUAGGUGUGUAGACAGACUGAUGGCAUAACAGCAUGGGUAGUAUGCGUACAUAAGAUGUCCUGACCUCCAGUCUCUCUUCUACUCUUCUUUCCUUCCUCCCUCUCAUACAUUGUUGCUAUCGAAUUCAGAUCAGAUCACCGAAUCCCAAUCAACUCGCUACCAGUCAAGCAGCUAUCAACACCACCAACCGACAUCAUGAAGUACUCCGCUGUCGCCCUCCUCGCUGCCCUCACUGCCUACGCUCAGGCCCAGUCCAUCGACCUUCCUGACCCCUCUUCCGUCAUUGGUGACAUCUCUACUCGAGUUGAAGGUGCUUCCUCUAUCAUCGACGAAGUCUCCUCUGCCGUCCGGGAUGCCUCUACCCGAAUUGAGGACGAGGUCUCUUCUCGCCUGAGCGAUGCCUCCACUGCUGUCGCCGGUGCCACCACCACUUUGACCGACGCGUCUACUGUCACUGAGUCUGCUGAGACCGGAAGCGAGACUGGAUCCGAGACUGGAUCCGACACUGAGACUGGAUCUGACACCGAGACCGGAUCCAAGACCGUCGACACCAGCUCUCUCAAGAGUGUUACCGAGGCCUUUGCCAGUGCCUCCGAGUCUGUCCAGGAAGAGCUUGACUCCCUCAGCUCCGUUGCCGCCACUGCCACCGGCGCUGCUAGCUCCUCCAUCGCUGACCAGAUCGCUGAGGCCACAUCCAAGAUUGGUGCCAUUGGCAACAGUGCCAGUGCCGCUGUCAGCAGUGCUACUGAUGACAACGCUGGUGCCAUGCCCACCGCUGCUGUCGCUAUGGGUGCUCUCAUGGGCGGUGCAGCUAUCUUUGUCAACAUGUAAAAUGGGUUUUGUGCGAUAUGACAGAAUACACAGCAAUUAAUGAAACGGACUUGACAUUAUUAUUUUGAACUCUGACCUCUCGGGCUUCGGUCGUUUAUCUUGAUUCGACAAAUGUUUGCAAUGAAUUACAUGUAGCGAGAUUCAUGAUAUUGAUCAGCUAGCAUCACUGAUCUAUCUCUUGGUGGCAUAAUGAAAACGGAAGGCGGGUAUUGGUCGUGUUGGAUGCAGUUCUGUCGGAUUCUGUUUUGCAGUAGUUAUCUAGUUUUCUCAAACAUAUCCAUCCUGGAGCCCAUGGCUUCGCCAAAAUACAUCUUUGAAGUUAUCCCCAUA